AUGGGCUUCGGGAAGUCCUCCCCCUUCCUGGCUUUCAGCAUCUUGGUCCUGUGCCAGGCCGGCAGUCUCCAGGCGACACCACUCAGGUCUGCUUUGGAGACCCUCCCAGAUCCCGGGGCACUCAGUGAGAAGGAAGGGCGCCUCCUGCUGGCUGCGCUGGUGAAGGCCUAUGUGCAGAGCAAGACCAAUGAGCUGGAGCAGGAGACGGAGGGCUCCAGCAUCACUGCCCAGAAGAGGUCCUGCAACACUGCCACCUGUGUGACCCAUCGGCUGGCAGGCUUGCUGAGCAGGUCUGGGGGUGUGGUGAAGAGCAACUUCGUGCCCACCAAUGUGGGGUCUGAAGCCUUUGGCCGGCGCCGCAGGGACCUUCAGGCCUGA